AUGAGGAGGUCUACCAACGAUCCAAAACGACGGUUACGUCAACAUAAUGGUGAGAUAGCUUUAGGGGCCAAAAAAACCGAAAGUAAAAGACCAUGGGAGAUGAUUCUUUUCGUCUACGGGUUCACAAAUCAUACGGCAGCGUUACAAUUCGAGUGGAGUUGGCAAAAUCCUUCAAAAACGCGUCGAUUACACUUAACGUCCGAUGAUGAAUUUCGUGAGAAUGAUGAUAGAUUAUCAACAUCGCUUCGUGCCAUUUCAAAAAUGUUGCGAGACAAAUUUUGGUCAAGGUGGCCGUUACAUUUACAUAUCAUGGUACCGCUCAAAUUGAUUACUUUACAAAAAAGGAUCAAUGCUUCUACGAUCCUUGACGUAACGAAUUUACCAAAGAAAAUUAGGAUUACUCACGGAAAAGUAGAAGAGUUUAGUGAUUAUCAUAAAGGAUCGAUUAGAAAAUGUGUGAGGAACGAGUACUCGAAAUAUUUGAAUCACACAAAGAUGAAAUUAUUCUGUGAUUUAUGUUUAGAAAAUAUUAAUCUCGAUGAUCAUAAGAAUUAUUUGAAUUGUUUAAACAUGGAAUGUAACAUGUCCUCACACCUAACGUGCCUCGCAAAAAAAUUUACCAAAUCUGAAGCCUUGGAAAUGGCAACUUUGCAAAAUCCUUAUGAUGAAUUGGAUGAAGAGAUCCUGCCGAUUGGUGGAAAAUGUUCUUCCUGUCAGAUUAUAUUAUCAUGGGGGGAUUUAAUUCAGGCUAUGAUGAUUAGAGAAAAGUAUGUUCAAAACGAUCUCAUGAUAAAUGAAAAUUUCUCGUUAUGA